GAAAUAACUUUUCUUUCUGAUUUUUCUCCUAAAAAUUAGCCAGUCCUUUCCUUUAGAGAUAAUAACUAAAAUACCAUCUAUUUUAAGGUGAGUGAAUUCGUGCUUUCAGAAUCAAAUACAGAUUCUUUCCAGAUAAAUGGGAAAUAACAGAAAUCAUAUUCCUGUGGAAAUAAUAGAUCAAAUCUUAUACAAUUUGCCAGUGAAAUCUCUUUUGAGAUUCAAGUGCGUCUCGAAAUCAUGGCUUUCUAUGAUCACCGACAAAGAUUUCGUCAAGCGCCACCUAAAGAAAUCAAGCGCCGACCCGCGUUUCACCCAUCACAAGAUCAUCGUAAAAUCCCACGACAAGAGUACUAACUACUACAACCUCGGAUCGUGUUCCCUCGGAUAUUUAUACGAAGAGACAUACGAGAAAAAUCCGAGAACCCAAAUUCUUAUUGACCGUCCGCUCGCAAAGUGGUGCUUCGACUUUCGAAUCUUGGGCGCAUGCAACGGUCUAGUUCUCAUGUUCGCUGAAACAGGCCAUCUCUUCCUAUGGAACCCCACGACCACGGAUGCCAAGCAUAUUCCGUCGGUGUAUUUCGACGGAAGAUGCGAUUCAUCCGUUAGAGAAUUCAUGUACGGGUUCGCGUACGAUGAGGCGAACGAUGACUACAAGGUUGUCUGUUUUUACCUGCAUUCGAAGCCCUUUCAGACGAAGAUGUAUAGUUUGAAGGGUAAUUAUUGGAAGAAAAUCGAUAACUUCGAAAAGGGUUCGCCGGGAUGUCGGUCCGGCGCCGGCAAGCUCGUGAACGGAAAGCUGCAUUGGCUAGCCACUGACAGUCGUCGUGCUUGGGGUUGGUGGGAUAUAGUUUCGUUUAAUUUUUCGGACGAGAAAUUUGAAAUCGUGCCUUGUCCGCGACAGUACAUGAGUAAUUAUGGGCGUAAUAUACCGAAAUUGGUAACUUUGGGAGGCUACCUCGGUUUGAUUUGUCCCGAGCGCCAGAAAGGUACAAGUGUUUGGGUUAUGAUCGAGUACGGUGAUGCAGAGUCUUGGACUAGGGUUUGGACGACUAAAAGUUCGGGUUAUGGUGAGUUGUGGGUCACGAAGAAUGGAGAUAUAGCAGUGGCUUAUGGAUCGUAUAUUGUUGUUUAUAACGGGAGAAAGAAGUUGCGUCAAUUUCGAAUUGAUAUGGUUGGUGCUAAUUUUGUGCCCGAUGUCUAUGUUGAAAGCUUAGUAUCACCAUCUACGCAUUAGAUUUAUAAGCUGAGAAAAUAAUAAUAUUUUUAGACUAUUAUUCAAUUUUGACCAAUAACCCAAUUUACCCCAGUUAUUCCGACAAGUUUGUGGCAUUGGCUGGCGGCACAGUAUGGCGGCGAUGAUCUUGAUAUUGUUUCUCUUGAUUUGGUGGAGGAAAAAUAUGAAAUUGUGGCUAAGCCGGAGAAUUUUUCGACUUGGAUUCCUUUUCAAGCAAGCUUGGGAGAUUU